CUUAUAAAUAAAGGUAAUGCAAUCAGUUGCCUCGAAUCCAAGUCAAGUGAAGAUACUUGCUAUUAAGUGAACAUUUAUAUAUUAAUUUUGAAAUAAAUUCAAUUGAUCUGGAUCACAUUUUGCCAUUACCAUAAGCAAUAAUGACCGAACAAGUUUACCGCGAGGAACAGCAACAGUCAUCCUGGGGGUCAUUUUGGGAGUCAUUUGCGGCAUUAUUCCAAAAACAGGAGCAAACAUAUGUACCACAAGUACAACAAGUAUUAGAACAAAAGCGAGGCUCAGUUCUUAAGGCAGUGUACGCGCCGCAAAUAGAGGUGUACUAUUGGGGACCAGCAAUUCAAAAUGGACAACUUGGUCAUUUGGCGCUCAGAAUCAUUGAUGAUGAUGAGGACAUUUACAUUAGCCACUGGCCUAGGAAAUGGUACAAAUUUAUUAUGUCUGAGUCAGCCCAAAAAUCGUCGUUCUUAUUUGACGUGGAAGAUGAAGCAAAAAUACGGCGAAUGGUCAGCGAUAACAGCGAUAUCCGGGCGGCUAUUGAGGGCCUGGAAAGGCUGGGCUCCAGUACUUACAUAACAGUCAUGCGAUCGUCCGACGAGUAUAUCGCAGGCCAGCGGAGCUCCGCUGUCAUAGCGAUGAGCACCUGGAUAGCCAAACCGGCGCACCGACCCUAUCGACGGUUAUUCGGGUAUUUGGCCCAAAAUCCGGUUAUUCCUGUCAUAGAUAGGCUGCGAGUAGAGGCGUUCGCCGCCCGACUGACCGGUCCUACAAUUGGUUACUAUUGUUUGGAUUUGUUUCCCAUGAAUAGCAACGAGUUGUGUCACUACGUGUACGUUUGCUGCGCUUGUUAUUUGCUCAUUGUGGUGUACGCGCCGCAGGUAGAGGUGUACUAUUGGGGACCUUCGAUUAAAAAUUUGCAAAUUGGUCAUUUGGCGCUUAGAAUUAUUGAUGAUGAGGAGGACAUUUACAUUAGCCACUGGCCUAAAGUGACGAUAAAAUGUCUGAAUUCUGAGCCAGCCCAUAAAUUGUCGUUUAUUAAUGACAUGGAAGAUGAA